AUGGCCUUGAAACGCGCUCUUCUUAUUGCAGCUGCGGCAUGCUCUCCUUUCCUCCCUGUGGUACACUCUCAGAAUGCCACUGUGCCUGAAAUUGUUGACGGUACCAUUCGUAUAUAUGGUAAUGACGCCUAUAAGAUCCCAUACAGGCGCCUCAUGCCCACCGAUGCGGCUCGUGCUCGUUACCCCGGCUUUAAGCAGGAAACGCUCACUUUAAAAAAUGGUACCAUUCGCCGAGAAGGUGCAAAAGCGUUGACGAGUGACAUUGUAUUUGAGCGGGAUGUAGCACUGACACUCCGCGAUGGUGUCACGAUCUACGCAGACGUGUACCGACCAGUGGGGGACCAACAAGUCCCAGCAAUCAUUGCAUACAGUCCUUAUGGAAAGCAAGUCGGAGGUCAAAACUUAGACGAUUCUGCUGGCCGGGCUGGAGUUCCGCUUGCCAAUGUUUCGGACCUACAGAAAUUCGAGGCAGCAGACCCGGCUUACUGGGUUCCUCAGGGAUAUGCAAUCGUCAACCCCGACACGCGUGGCGCCUAUGCGUCUCAGGGCAACAUUACGUACUGGGGCAGGCAGCUUGCUGAGGAUGGUUAUGACCUCGUUGAGUGGAUAGCUACGCAGCCUUGGAGCUCUGGGAAAGUCGCCAUGUCUGGGAACUCCUGGUUGGGAGUGUCUCAGUGGUUCACUGCUGCGGAACAUCCACCUCACUUGACAGCCAUCGCUCCAUGGGAGGCACUUGCCGACUUAUACCGUCAUGUCACCAAUCGCGGUGGUAUUCCAGCGCCAGCAUUCCAGGAGUCGAUCAUAACCUCACUCGCCGGGAACGGAUUUGUGGAAGAUUCCCCACGCCUUAUCGUAGGGGAAGGCUUGAUCAACCAGUAUUGGGAGGAUAAGAUUGCACGGUUGGAGGAAAUCACGGUACCCGCCUACAUCGUGGCCAGCUACCAGAAUGUACUCCACACACACGGCUCAUUCGAUGGUUUCCGCCGAAUACAAUCUGAGUCGAAGUGGUUGCGAGUUCACAACUCGUUUGAGUGGCCGGAUUACUAUGUGCCUGAGCACGUUGAGGAUCUUCGCAGGUUCUUCGACCACUUCCUGAAGGGCUUGGACAAUGGAUGGGACAAAACCGAGCGUAUUCGCCUAGCGAUUCUGGACCCUGGCCACGAGGAUGAGCUCAACAGGCCCGUGGGAACAUGGCCGGUGGAUGGGACAACUCCCACCAGGUUUUAUCCUCAGGCUGACGGGGCCCUAUCUACCACCGCCUUCAAGAAUAAGACAGUAGCCUCUUAUGAGGUUGGGGGCAACUCUUCGUCGUUGACCUUCAAGUACACAGUCCCCCAUGGCGAGCUGCUCGAGAUCAACGGUUACAGCAAGGUCCGCUUUUGGGUUGAAGCCAAUGGUUCCAAUGACAUGGAGCUGCAAUUCCUUCUAGAAAAGCGUGCGGCAAACGGCAGUGCGUUCGCUGGGUUUGGCGCAACGGCGUCAAACCCUACAGUCUCCUCUACAGAGUACAUUCGCGUCUCCCACCGAGCCCUAGACACGCAACGAUCGACCAACUUUGAACCCUAUUUGACUCACGAUCGGGAAGAGCUCCUAAGUGCGGGCCAGAUUGUCCCCAUCGAGGUCGGAUUAUGGCCGAUCGCGAUCCGCUUCCACCCCGGCGAGUCGUUCGUGCUCACGAUCUCCCCCGUCCAACCGCUUACCACUGCGCUCGAUGCUGGCAGCGGAGUUGCUGCAAUUACAAUCCCUGCCGCAGGUGGCACAUAUGAGCCGGGGAGCAAUGUGCCCAUGAUCACGCUGGGCGGCGUCAAGAGCAACCCUGCCUUUGUUGACGAACAGAGAGUUGCAACUCCCGUUGGCCGCAACAAUGGCACCCACAUAUUCCAUUUUGGAGGUUGCUAUGACAGUCACCUACUUCUCCCCCUCAAUAUCACCAGCAUAGCAUGA